AUGCUGAGUAAUGGUUGUGUUGCUCGUUAUACAACACAAGGUGAAAUGAGCUUUUUCAAUCGGAAACGAGAACUUCUUAAAUUUAAAAAUGCAUUUAGUUCCAAUCCACGACUUCAUGUUGUUCUAGGUCCUCCUAGUAGUGGGAAAACCAAAUUGGUCCACGAGGUAACGAGUAAAGGCGAUUUCAACCCUCUUUUUAUUGACUGCCGUCGAGGACAAUUUAACACACCAAAGACAAUUUAUGAUUCAAUUUCUUCGCAAUUCCAACCAUUUUUCAAGAGACAUACGAAGUUCUUGACAGAAAUGUUUCAACGAGGGGAAAUCAGUGCUGUGAUAGAUGAUUUACAGUUAAAAGUUAAGCCAUUUGGUGGGGAUCUGUUUAAUGAAAAAAAAAUUACUUCUAAUGAUGUCAUAAAGUUGAUUGAUAAUAUUGCAU